GCCCCUGCCUCCGUCUUAGCUCGUGGUGGGCCCCGCGUUCCCGGAAGCUGGGGUUCCCAGCGGUCACGGAUGGGGAUACAAGCCCUGAUUUGGGGCCUCUGACACAGUAGUCUCGGCCACAUCCCCUUUUCCUGCAUCCCCUUCUCGGUUAUCGAGGUUCAUCUCCCAAACUUUAGACUCCGGGAAGCCUUCUCCGGCCACUGCCCGCUCCCCACCUCCUGGCACCAGGCUCGCACUAAACAUUUAUUUAUGUUCCUGUAAUAACCCCUAAGCCUGGCCCUUCGGAGCAGAGGCCAAGAGGAUCCAAACAGGCCGGAGCUCCCAGUAUGCCUCCCCGGACCGGUGUGGCUCCCGGGAGAGGGGCAAAGUCCCACCCGGAAGGAGUCCUUGCUCCGGGACUGAAGGGCGGCAGUUGGCGUUUGGGGCUGCGGGAAAUCUGCACCCCGACGCGCACGCGCUGCAGGGGGCACUCUUGCCGCAACGUUCAGCUCCGCCCAAACCUGAGACGUGGCUGGGUUUAGGAGGCUAGGCCCCCUUGCCUUUCCCAGAAUUGAGGCUUGCAGAGCAUCGGCUGGUGCUGUUUGACAACCACCUGCAACGGAAUAGCUGGGAUCACUUGUUGAAAAUACAGAUUCCCGGAUCUAGAUCGCAAGCGGGGGUAUCAGGGGGUGGGGAGGUUGGAAAGGACUGGGAAUCUUAAUUUUAACGAAGUAUCUUGGGGAUGUGCAUACUACUAGAUUUUGGGGUCAGCACAUAAAGCAGGCGAGUGUAAAUAUCCCGGUCUGUGCCCCUAGCUCUCAGUGCAUAGAGUUCCUGCAGAACUGCUUCCUCCGAAAGGGGCUUUCGGGAAAUUCCGCGGGACACCAUUGACAUUGACGAACCCAGUGUCCGUGGGCCUUUGCAAUUUUCCUGGCAGGUUGAUUUUGAGGCAACAUGUCCACUUCACUGAAAGAAUGUCUGCAGCUUCAGCUGCUGGAAAUGGAAAUGCUCUUUUCUAUGUUUCCUAACCAAGGAGAAAUACAACUUUAAGAUAUAAAUGCCUUGACGAAUAUAAAGAGAUAUUUGGAAGGCACCAGGGAGGCACUGCCACCAAAAAUCGAAUUUGUGAUUACACUCCAUAUUGAGGGACCCAAGGUGAAAAUUGGUUUGCAAGUAACCAUCCCUCACAGCUACCCCUAUGCAGAAUUGCAGCUGUUUGGACGGUCUGAACUUGACAGACAACAGCAGCUACUUCUCAAUAAAGGUCUGACUUCUUAUGUAGGGACUUUUGAUCCAGGUGAGCUCUGUGUGUGCACAGCAAUCCAGUGGUUACAGGACAAUAGUGCCUCCUAUUUCCUGAACAGAAAGAUCGUUUAUGAACCAUCUACACAAGCAAAGCCAGUUAAGAAUACAUUCCUCCGAAUGUGGAUCUACAGUCACCAUAUAUAUCAGCAGGACCUAAGGAAAAAGAUUUUGGAUGUUGGGAAAAGGUUAGAUAUGACUGGAUUUUGCAUGACAGGAAAGCCCGGUAUUAUCUGUGUGGAGGGCUUCAAAGAGCACUGUGAGGAAUUCUGGCACACGAUCAGGUACCCCAAUUGGAAACACAUUUCCUGUAAGUAUGCUGAAAGUAUUGAAACUGAAGGAGAUGGGGAGGAUCUGCACCUUUUCCAUUCUUUUGAAGAAUUACUCCUUGAGGCCCACAGUGACUGUGGAUUAAGGAAUGACUAUCACAUGAAUCUGGGCCAGUUCUUAGAAUAUCUAAACAAACACAGAAGUGAGCAUGUUUUCCUGGUAUUAUUUGGUAUUGAAAGCAAAAGUUCAGACUCUUAGGAAGCUAUUAAGAGCCCUCUGCUUAUAAUUUCACUAAGUCAGUAUUUCUGUUAAUAAGACCAAAAUAUAGGACCAGUGGCUAUUUGGUGUCCUCUGUGAGAAACCUAGCUUCAGAAUUUUUACCUGGUAAUGAAGCCACAUAGGCCUUUUAACUUCAUAAUGGUGCAACUGUGAUGUUAUCUCUGUUCUUAUGUUAAAUGAAGACUACUUAAUUGUAAAGUAAUAAAAACCAGUCAAUUUAA